GGCUCUUAUAGUGGUUUGUUCCUGGAAUGGCUCAACUCUCAGUAGUGCGGGUUGUGCCCUCUGGGGUCUAUUAGUCCACUUGCUGCAGGCUGAAUGGUCAGCUGGACCGAUCAGCAGGGUAAAUUACAAUAUAUCAAAUCAGGGUAGGUAAGGCUCAGAAGCAUCAUCAGAGCAGAGCAAACCACAGAGGAUGGCUGCACCGCAGAAAGGAGAUCUGUCAGCCUCAGAGAGGAAGAUUCUGCAAGUUAUUGCUGCUGGUGACGUACAGGAGGCCGCUCAGCUGCUUGAAAGCAAUGAAGUACGGGUCAACUGUUUGGACGAGCACGGCAUGACUCCACUGAUGCAUGCAGCCUACAAGGGGAAGGCAGAUAUGUGUCACCUGCUGCUGCAGCAUGGAGCCAACGUCAACUGCAACCAGCACGAAUACGGUUACACUGCCCUCAUGUUUGCCGGCCUGUCAGGGAGGACUGAUAUCACGUCCAUGAUGCUGGAUGCUGGAGCAGAGACAGAUCUGGUUAAUUCUGUGGGUCGCACCGCUGCUCAGAUGGCGGCGUUUGUUGGCCAGCACGAUUGUGUAACGGUGAUCAACAACUUCUUCUCACUGGCGAGGCUGGAGUACUACACCAGACCACAGGGUCUGGAGAAGGAGGCCAAGCUGCCUCCCAGGCUGGCAGGACCCCUGCACAAGAUCAUCAUGACCACCAAUCUCAACCCGGUCAAGAUAGUCAUGCUGGUGAAGGAGAACCCCGUGCUGGUGGACGUGGCAGCUCUGGAGAAGUGCUACCAGGUGAUGGACCUGCUGUGUGAGCAGUGUGUGAAGCAGCAAGACAUGAACGAGGUCCUGGCCAUGAAAAUGCACUACAUCAGCUGCGUGCUGCAGAAGUGUCUGACGUCCCUACAGAAACGAGACGACAAGCUGGACGCUCUUGUCAAGAGCCUGCUGAAAGGGAGAGACAGCGAUGGGUUCCCACACAACCAGGAGAAGUUCAUUCGGGAGUGCAUCAGAAAGUUUCCUUACUGCGAGGCAACGCUCCUGCAGCAGCUGGUGAGGAGUAUUGCACCGGUAGAGAUCGGCAACGAACCAACAGCUUUCUCAGUGUUGACCCAGGCCCUGACAGGUCAGAUGGCUUUCGCAGACGCUGACUACUGUGUCACAUGUGGGGAGAGGGGUGCAAACAAGAGGUGCUCCCUUUGUAAAGCGGUGACUUACUGCGGCUUGAUGUGCCAAAGGCUCCACUGGUUCACCCAUAAAAAGAUGUGCAGAUCUAUGCAGGAGCAGGACGCCGACCUGGAGAAGGACACUCCGAGGUUGAAAGAGCUAAAAGAUGAUGAGAGUGACCUGGUGAUGGAGACGGCCAACUUCCUCCAGGAGCUGUGUCUGCGGGCUGAGGAGAAGGUCGCUGCUGCCGGAGGCUGCCCAGCAGACCUGCUGGCCUGUCCCUCCGCCUCUGAUGAGGGACCGUCCAGCGCCCAAGACAGAUGGAAAAGCCAGCCGGAGCCGUAACGGAGCAAAAAAACAUGUUAAUGGAAUCCAUCCUGUUUAUAUAUAUUUUGUACACAGUUUCAGGAUAAGUACACUGCAAAAAAGGAAUUUCAAGAAAGCAAAAUAUAUCUUAUAUUUUGUUCAGAUACAAGAACUUAUAAAUAAAUAUUUAUACAAAAUAUUUGUCAAGCAAAAAAAGCUUGACCCCAUUGGCAGAUUUUGUUUUCUUAAUAUAAGAUGAUUUUGUUGAAUAGAAGAAUAUUUUGCUUGGUUCCAGUAAUGCUGUUUUUGCAGUGUGUACACACAGCUCCAGAAAUGUAGUUUCGAAUAGCACAUUAGUAUUGUAUGGUUAAAGUAAGGGAUAGUGUUCUUAGAGCAAACAAACUAUGUUUAAGCUUUAAUAAAAGUUUGACUUCAAAACCGUUGGUUGUGGUUGGAGAAACAAAGGCAGAAUUGGAUCAUUUCUCUCAUUUCCAACCUGUUAAUCCAUUUUUGUAUCAUGGGUUGUAAUAUAUUGUAGUGGUAAAUAGAGUGAUGCAGCCGUAGUUGCAGUUAUAGUGGUUGUGUGUGUGUGUGUCUUGUCAGCCAUGUGUAGGGUUAGUGUGUUAUGUUUAUGGUACAGUAUUACACGCCUGAACGUGACA